AUGACUGCAUUCUUGACAUUCCUCUUUCUCACGGCCGCGGCCGCUAUCUACGACAAACCUCUGGCCACUUGGCCAGGAAAACAGGAUGCAAUCCCCAAUUGGGACUUUCAACAAUCGCGUAAAGUCUCCAAGAACACUGCAGCUCUUUCCGAGCCAGGCGUUGAUACUUCAUCCUGGCAUCAUGCGCCUGUAUCUCGAUGCACUUUGAUGGGCUGCCUCUUGGCCGAAGGCACCUAUGCCACAGACGGUCCUGAUGGGCUCUGGUACUCUGAUAACCUUGACCGUUUUGAUCAGAGCCCAUUCACUACUCCCUGGGUGUAUCGGAACCAAUUCCGCUUGUCUACAUCAUCAAAGCGCCAUUACUUCCUUCAAACUAAUGGAAUCACCCCGGCUGCAGACUUGUUUCUCAAUGGCAAGCAAAUCGCCGACAAUAUUACGCAGUCUGGUUCCUAUGGCGGCCAUACGUACGACAUCACGGCUCUCGUACGAAGGGAAAAUGCACUUGUAGUCAAAGUCUUUCCUACAAACUAUCAAAAGCACCUAGCGGUCGGAUUUGUCGAUUGGAAUCCUUAUCCGCCUGAUAAUGGCACUGGAGUGUGGAGGGAUAUCACUAUCAAACAGACAGGCGAUGUCUUUAUGGGUCCUGUGAGCGUGCUUGUUGACAUGGAUAUACAUAUGGAGCAAAACACAAACCGCCAUGCAAACAUCACCGUCAAGGCUCAGGCCCGAAACCUGAGCAAAAGGCCAGUGAAGUUUAUUGCCAAAGCCGACGUAAGGACUCCCGACGGCAAACACCUCAAGAAGCUUACCAAAACUAUACUCCUCGGGACUAAGGAAUCAAGAACUGUUGAGCUCCCAGCAAAGAUUCAAGAUCCACAGGUUUGGUGGCCAGCAGCUUGGGGUGAACAACCACUUUACUCGGUCCAGCUGAGCUACUCUAUCGGGCACGACACUUCAGAUGUCAGUCCUCGUACCAGUUUUGGCAUCCGAACCGUCUCAUCUGAGCUGAAUACGCACAACGACACUUUGUUCAAGGUGAAUGGCUAUUCAAUCCAGAUCAGAGGUGGCGGCUAUACAUCCGACAUGUUUCUGCGGUGGGACCCCCAAUAUUUCGGAUAUGUAGCACGCUAUGUCCUGGACAUGGGCAUGAAUACUAUCCGCCUGGAGGGCAAGAUGGAGCAUCCUGAGCUCUACGACAUUGCUGACAGACUUGGCAUCAUGAUCAUCGCUGGCUGGGAGUGCUGCGAUCGGUGGGAGGCUUGGCCCUACAACGAUGACAUUUCCCAGGAUCCUCCCCAAAAAUGGUCUGAGGUUGACUACGAGACCGCCAACGCUUCCAUAAGGCACGAGGCGGCCAUGAUGCAAACUCACCCAAGUAUGAUCGCCUUCCUCGUGGGUAGCGACUAUUGGCCCGAUGACAGGGCCACAGCGAUAUACCUUGAAGGCUUACAUGAUGCUGGGUGGCAAGUCCCCGUCAUCUCCUCGGCUGCGAAGCGUGGUUAUCCAAAGGCCCUUGGCCCCUCCGGAAUGAAGAUGGAGGGGCCUUAUGAUUGGGUUCCGCCCGUCUAUUGGUUUGAUAGAGAACCAACAGACAACAGGUCCGGAUCCUCUUUUGGGUUCGGAAGUGAGCUAGGCGCUGGCGUCGGGACGCCUACUAAAGGAAGUCUCACCAGGUUUCUGACGGACAAAGACAUGGAGGACUUGUGGAAGAAGCCAAAUAAGGGCCUUUAUCACAUGUCACAGAAUACCUCGCAGUUCUAUGAUCGGUCGAUUUACAACAAGGCGCUGUAUGCUCGGUACGGCAAGCCUACAUCUCUAGACGACUACCUGAUGAAGGCACAGAUGAUGGACUACGAAGCAACACGUUCUGAGUUCGAGGGUUGGGCAAGCCAAUGGAGCGCUUCACGUCCAGCCACAGGUCUGAUCUACUGGAUGCUGAAUAACGCCUGGCCGAGUCUCCAUUGGAACCAAUUUGACUACUAUCUUCACCCUGCUGGAUCGUACUUUGGCACCAAGAUUGCCAAUGGAGUUGAACAUGUAGCCUUCGAUUACUUCAGGAGCUUUAUCUGGACCAUCAACCAGUCCCUUGAUCAAUCGGGUCCGCGCUCAGUUCAUGUCGACUUAGUGGAUCUGAAGGGGAACUAUAUUUCUCAUCAGAAGCUUCACUAUACCACGGAGCCUAAUAAAUCUCAGAGGAUCGGCGAUAUCAGUAGCUCCAUCAAGAAGAUUACGGAAGUUGGCGUGCUUCGCCUGCUCUUGGUUGACGAUGAUACCGAAAAGGUGCUCAGUCGCAACGCGUACUGGCUAUCCAAACAGAAAGAUGUAGUAGACUGGACCACCACGUCAUGGUAUUCUGUCGACGUUAAACAGUCCGCCAACUUCACUGCGCUGAACACGAUGGAAAAAGCGACCAUUGCAGCGUCAGCGUCCAGCAACAAGACUUCUGGGGUUUGGAAGCUUCGAAUUGAGAAUAAUGCUACAGUCCCCGCAGUAUUCAUCCAGCUCAACCUGGUAGGUAAGCACGGUAAAGACGUGACUCCGUUGACCUGGUCGGACAACUAUUUCACUCUGCUUCCACGAGAGUCGAUUGAAGUCGAACUCACCGACUGGUCAGGCAAAGGCGCGAUGGUGCAAAUCUAUGGCAAGAACGUGGAAGAGUCUUGGAUUAAACUGGGCUGA